AAUGUUUCCAGCUUUUAUGGGGAUGGCCACACCCUUUGCAGUCUCUAACUAACUAUAAAACAAACUAACUAUACGAAGGGUUAAGUACAAACAGAAAGCGAAACUAGAUAAUAGGAGCAAAACACCCAAUUAAUAAGAACCGCCGAAGAAGUAAGGAUAGGAUAGAAGCGCAUCGGGGAGAGGUCUUUUUUUAUAUCUAGUUUUUGUCUCAGUAAAAGGAAAUUACGAAAAGGAACUAAGAAAAAAAGAUAAAAUAAAUUCUAAUAGCAAAAAGAGAUGUACGCUGCAUUGGAGGGUUUCCACAAAAUACAAAUAUUAUAGAGUUUAUAGGAUUAGGAUUGGGAAGUUUACGUGAUUUAAGAUUCAGUAGAAUUUAAUUGAAUUUAAAGAAUUUUUAUGGGAGUUUAAAACAAAAAUAAAAAUAGAUUUCGUAGGGUAUCUUUAAAAUAUUUCAAAAUAUAAUUAUUUUAAAAAAAUAUUGAAGCUAAAAGAGAAAAUUUAACAGAUAUUGCACCCAUUAACCCAAAAAUUAACAAAUUCACCAACUAACAAAAAUCACAUUUUCUCUCCUCUUUUUCUUCCUAUCUCUCUCUAUCUUCCCUCUAAAAAUCUAAUUUUGAUUUUUUGUUAUUCUAGAAAUAACCUCAAAAUUUAAUAUAUUUAUAACUUUUGUUUUUGUAUUUAUCUUAGUUGACUCGAUAUAAUAUUUUAGUGAUAUAUUUGGCGAGAAAGCAGGAAGAGGAUCCAAUGAUUUCUCAAGGAGACUCAUUAUUUUCGAAGACUAAGGACGAUCAAUCAAAUCCAGAAGCUUCUAUCUACUAGCUGUAGAGACGAUGAUGAUUAGCUCUUCUUCUAUGCGUGUCGCGGCUGCUUUCCUCCUUGUCCUCCUCUUCCUCGUCGACGUUGUUUGCAGCGAGGAGUGCACAAGAACAUGCAUUGCGCAGAAUUGUGACACACUUUCUAUUCGGUACGGGAAGUAUUGUGGGAUUGGACACUCUGGAUGUCCUGGUGAGGAACCUUGUGAUGAUCUUGAUGCUUGUUGUAUGGUCCAUGACAACUGCGUUGAGGUGAAUGGUAUGACUAACAUAAGCUGCCAUAAGAAGUUCAAGCAAUGCCUAAACAGGCUUAGCAAAUCGAUAAAGCAAUCGAAAAACAAAAAGGUUGGUUUUUCCAAACAAUGCCCUUACUCACAAGUCAUACCAACUAUGAAUCAAGGAAUGGAUAUCGGCAUCAUGUUCAGUCAACUAGGCAAUGAUCUCAGAACCGAGCUCUGAGUUUUGCUGCGCAUUUACUCUUGGCCUAAGAGGAGGCCAUCACAUUGAGACUUGGUAGUUUUAGAAGAUUCUUUGGUAGUGAUGAUGAUUAAUUGUAUUACUAUUGCCAUUGCAAAUCGCUGCUAGAUUAGCUUAAUUCAAACACCUUUGGAUGAUUUAUGACACAUUUUAUUCUUGGAAACUAUAAGCAGCUGAUGUGACUUGCUAGUAUU